AUAUUGUUGUGUUAGAAAAAUCAGGUGAACUUAAGGUGAUUUGAUUGUCGGUAUGACGUUUUCCUACUGUGUCUACCCAGGGACAAAAUUUCUAUAAUCGAAUUCUUGACAAAUAGUGCCGGCCCUCUAAGGAUUCCAAAAAUUCCCGUGCGAAUAAGUUACGCAAGGAGUCGUUCAGUUUCACAAUAACGUUUGUUCUCAUUGUCCCGAAAAACAGGAAACUGCACAAAACCUGUGUAGGGUGGUGUUCCAUGGAUAGUACACUCAGGUGAAAAAUUCAGAUGUCAGAAUGCCUUUUAAACUGAGAUUGAAGAAAAGCAAGCAGUACAAUGUUGUGACCAAAACAGUUUUCGUUAUUUGUGUAGAACUUCUUGAUAAUAGUAUUGUGGAAUGCACUCUUUCAGCAGAUAGUCUUGGCUAUGAUUGCCUCGAUAAUGUUUGUCAACGUCUGGGGCUCAACCAGCCUGAAUUUUUUGGAUUACGCUAUGUCAGUCAAAAGUCAUACCCAAGAGUACGUUGGGUUGAACUUGAUCGCCCACUCAAGAAACAACUGGAUAAGCAUGCCCAAGAGGCCUAUCUGUAUUUGAGAAUCAUGUACUAUGUAAAUGAUGUCAGCCUUUUGGAGGAUGAAAUGACUCGGUACCACUAUUUCCUGCAGCUGAAAUCAGAUGUCAUGGAAGGAAGAUUGAGAUGUAGUUAUAAUGAGGCUGUUGUUCUUGCUGGUUACAGACUUCAAGCCGAAUUUGGGGAUCAUGAUCCUGAGCGUCAUACUUUACAAUACUUGAAAGAAUUCGUCCUUGUUCCCAAACAUCUUGUGACUAACGAAAGCCAGUUGGAUGCUGUAACCGAAGCGGUAGCUGCGCAACAUUCUAAACUACUUGGGUUUCCUCAACCUGUAGCUGAAUGCUGGUACAUUGUAGAAGCCCAACAUCUUGACGGUUACGGCCAGGAACGAUUUUUAGCAAAGGAAGAACCAGCAGGCGAGGCACUGGUUGCUACGUCGUUGCAAGGAAUUUUGGUGAUGCGUAACAAUACGGAGCGAGUUGUUUUUUACAGGUGGGACGAUAUAACAAACCUGCUGAAUCAAAAGAGAAUGUUUGGUAUCGAAUGCCAACGUAGCGAAGAAAAUGUUAACUUUUAUUUCGAUGAUCCUGAAGCAGCCCGUUAUGUCUGGAAAUUAGCUGUUCUUCAACAUACCUUCUACAAACAAACGUUGUUAACUCUCCAGUCCCUGCAAUCCCAAGCGACCGAAGACAAAGAUAUAGACAUGGGGAUAGCUGGUUUAAACUUGGAAUCAAACAGUGCGACUGUCAACAGCAAUCUGGUCCCAUCCACUUCAAUGUUUGAAUCUGCAGAGCCCAGGAGUUCCAGUGCAAUGGCCGAAUAUCGCAUUGAUAGCUUAGGAAGUGUUCGAGCCCUACCACACUCAAUUUCAUCACCUACUUUAACAGUUUUAAAUCCUGCUCAAGCACAAACGCAUUUGUUAGCUGGCACUGCGGGCAGUGGUGGAGGAUUCGCAUCAGGUGCUGGAUCACUUGCUGCCUCUCAACAAAAUUUACGCGCUUUAUUGCCGGCUUACCGUCCUGCACCUGAUUAUGAAACUGCCGUUCGAGUCAAGUACGGCGACGAUAUCGCGCAAUUGCUUCUCAAUCCAACUCCUCCAGUCCAGCAAUCAGUACAACAACCAGCAGCUGUAGCUGUUCAGCCAUCCGCUCCUGCACCUUUUCAGACACAGCAACAACAGAGUGCCCAACAGCAGAUGCAGAUGAUGAAAAUGUACAAACCCCCUCCGCCUUACCCUUAUAGCAAAGUUGGCAGUAAUAGUAGCCCAGACUUGGCAGUGGCCGUUAUUAAUGGAGUGGCACCGGUCAAUUCAGGAUCGAUGAGCCAUUUACCAGUUACUCAAGCCCAGACAGAAGUUUCUGCCACAUUGCGAAACGGCGAGCCCAUCUAUCAAAAUAUUCCCUUACGCCAGCCCGGAAGCCAGCCGAAUCUCUCUCCGUCCACAUCCGCACAAACUGCUUCCCAACCCAGGAGAAAAUGGGGUUUGCCUGUCCGUAGCUCGGCUCGUUCUGCUGUCAUCAAUCGCGUCCAGACCGAUUCGCCUUCGUCAUCCCCAGCCGCCAAGCGAAGUACCAAUGAUUCAACGUCCAGUUCUGCCUCCCACUCUCAUCACUUGGUUUCACCCGCCAGAGCUGCCCCUGCUGAUGCAACUCUUGUCAAGGAUCAUUUGCGCCAAGAAAUGGAAUCCCGAUUGGCUGAUGGCCAACUUCUCCUGGAAUUUGAACUGAUUCCCAGACGAAAAGCCGGUGCGGAUUUUAGCAUGGCUGCUCACCCGGAUAACGCAUCUCGUAACCAGUAUCAAGACGUUUUGCCCUACGAGGAGAAUAGGGUUAAAUUGACUCCCAGCCGAGAAAACCGAACAGGCUACAUCAAUGCAUCACACAUCUCCGCUGCUGUUGGUUCGGCUCAACGCUUCUACAUUGCCGCUCAAGGUCCACUGCCAUCCACCGUAACUGAUUUUUGGCAGAUGGUAUGGCAAAGUGACGUCUACGUUGUCGUUAUGCUAGCCGACACGACGUCAAGCAGCAAUAACGGUGGACAGCAAACCCCAACUCACAACACAAAGUCGGUCAGCUCUUUGCGAAGCCACGUCAGCAAUAGCAGCAUGAAUGGUUACAGCGGUUUUAUUUAUUGGCCGCAACAAGAUGCUGCCACAUUAGAAUUUGGCGAAUACAAAAUCACGCGGCAGGUUGGCAAACUAUCCGGCCGUCAAUCCAUCACAAAGUUAGAUGUAACUCACCUGCCAACAGCUCAACAACGCAGCAUUUGGCAUCUUCAAUACUCUGACUGGGCUGAUCACGGUUGCCCCAAAGAUGUGACCUCUUUCCUUAGUUUUUUGGAGGAGAUGGACACAGUGCGAAGACAUUCCGUGUCUGAUGUUCCACUGGGUAAGAACCGAAACACGCCAGUGUUGGUUCAUUGCGGAGCGGGUGUUGGUCGAACAGGUGUCACCAUCGCUUGCGACGUUUUACUUACAUCACUCGAUCACAAUGUUGUCGUCGACGUCCCGAAACUUAUUAAUCACCUGCGCCAGCAAAGGAUGCUUAUGGUGCAGACCGUUGCCCAGUAUCGUUCAAUAUAUGCCCUACUACUUGCUUACCUUGGCCGCUCUCGACUCAUUUGAUCUUGCAAUGAUAUAUUUAAAAAACACACACACACGAUGCAUUCGGCCUUUGAUUCAAUUGUUGAAAGAUGAACAAGCCAAUCAACAUGUUCCUCCAUUUUUGUGAUACUUAGGCAAUUCAUAUGAUCACCAACCAUUAUUUGCUUGCUUUUUUUCAUAACAUACCACUAUUAAUGAAUUGUGGGAAAGCUAUUAUACAAUUUGUAAAGAGUUAAAGAGUGUUUCAAUCACAUGCGUUUCUUCAAUUUCUAUUGCAUUUCUACUAACUCCACGAUGUGCAGCAAUUUUAUAGAUUAUUAACUCACGCCUAGUCCCUAUGACGUGCCUUUUUUUAUUGAUAGAGAAUUAAAUAAUAAACGAUAUUUUUAAAGAACA